GCCCGGGUCCUCCCCUCGCCCCCCUCGGGCCCCGGGCCCGGCCCGGACACAGCGCGGGAGCUGAGGGAAAUCCCGGGAAGAGGCCACGGGAAGCUCGGGAAAUCCCGCGGGAUGGAGAGCAAGGCGCUGCAGCUGCGCACCUUCUCCGAGCGCCGCAGCGGAGCCGCCCCCGAGGAGCCCCUGGAGGGAAGGAGCCUCUCCAGGCUGAACCUCUGCGAGGACGAUCCCGGCCGGAAGGCGAAGAGCUCGGGAUGCUGCGGCCGGCUGGGCUCAGCGGCGGCGCUGAAAUAUUCCGUGCUGGGCCUUUACCUCCUGGUCCCCCUCAUCCUGGUGGGAAUCUUCGUCCUGGCAGCAUCCCGACCCUGCGCGUCUCCCGAGGAUCUGCAGUCUCUGCUGGGUGAUGUCCAGCGGCUCAACGAGACCUUCCGGGACCUGCGGCUGCGGCUGCUGCUCCCCGUUCCCAUGGGAGGAGAACUCCUGGAGCACAUCUGGAGCCUCCAGGAGCUCCUGCAGAACCACUCGGACUCUCUGGGGCGGCUGGAGGGGUUCCUGCACGGCCUGCGGGACCAGGCCGGACAGACGGAUCGCUCCGUGGCCCGGCUCCGCGAUUCCCUGCUCCGGCAGAGCGACGCGGCCCAGCUGGAGCUGUCCCGGCUCUCCGUGGACGCCAACGGCAGCCGGCUGCUCCUGGAGCACCACCAGCACCUCCUGGGCCACCUGGGCGGGCGCCUGGAGCUCCUGGGCGAGCAGGUGACGGCGCUGGCGGGAGCCGUGGAUUCCAUGAACCGCAGCUUCUCCUACGACGUCCGCCUGCAGCGCUCCCGGCUCCGGGAUCUGCAGGGGCUCCUGGGCAACGCCAGCGCGGAGGCGCGGAGGAUGAGGAUGGAGCAGGCGGCCGUGGAGCGGCAGCUGAGGUUGGAGCUGGCCCUGCUCGACAACGUCACCGAGGAGCUGCGCCUGAAGGACUGGGAGCAUUCCGCGGCCCUCCGGAAUGUCUCUGUGAUCCGCGGGCCGCCGGGACCCAAAGGAGACCGAGGCACGGAAGGGAUGGAGGGACCGCCCGGCCUUCCCGGCCUUCCCGGCCUCCGAGGCCUUCCCGGGGAGCGGGGACCCCCCGGCCCGCAGGGAUUGAAGGGGGACCAGGGAGAGCCGGGCCCUCGCGGCCCCGCGGGAACGCGCGGAUUCAAAGGUGAGCGCGGCCCCAAGGGGGACAAGGGCGACCGAGGCGCUGCCGGCGGCACCGCUCCGGCCGAGGGCUCGGUGCGGCUGCAGAACGGCUCCGGCCCCCACGAGGGUCGCCUGGAGAUCUUCCACGAGCGCCGCUGGGGCUCGGUCUGCGACGACGGCUGGGACCGGCGUGACGGUGACGUGGCGUGCCGCAUGCUCGGCUUCCCCGGCGCCGCCGACGUCUUCCGCAUGGCGCGCUUCGGCCAAGGCACCGGGAAGAUCUGGAUGGACGACGUGUCCUGCACGGGCAGCGAGGAUUCCCUGGAGCUCUGCAGCUUCUCGGGGUGGGGCAGAACCAACUGCGGCCACGCCGAGGACGCCGGAGUGCGCUGCCGGACGGACUGAGCCCGGAGACAUCCCGAGGGAAACCCCAAAUCCAUCCUGAGGGGAAACCCCAAACUCAUCCCGAGGGAAACCCCAAACUCAUCCCGAGGGAAACCCCAAAUCCAACCUGAGGGGAAACCCAAAUCCAACCCAAAGGGAAAUCCCAAAUUCAUUCCAAAGGGAAAUCCCAAAUCCAUCCCAAAGAGAAACCCCAAAUCCAACCUGAGGGGAAUCCCAAAUCCAUCCCAAACCCAUCCCAAAGGGAAAUCCCAAACCCAUCCCAAAGGGAAACCCCAAAUCCAACCUGAGGGGAAAUCCCAAAUCUGUUCCAAAGGGCCAAGGGAUGAUCCCAAAGCCAUCCUGAGGGGAAAUCCUAAAUCCAUCCCAAAGGGAAAUCCCAAAUCCAUCCCAAAUCCAACCUGAGGGGAUACCCCAAACGCAUCCCAAAGGGAAAUCCCAAAUCCUUCCCAAAGGGAAACCCCAAAUCCAUCCCAAAGGGAAAUCCCAAAUCCAUCCCAAAUCCAACCUGAGGGGAAAUCCCAAACUCAUCCUGAGGGGAAAUCCCAAACUUAUCCUAAAUCCAUCCCAAAGGGAAACCCCAAAUCCAACCUGAGGGGAAUCCCAAAUCCAUCCCAAACCCAUCCCAAAGGGAAAUCCCAAACCCAUCCCAAAGGGAAACCCCAAAUCCAACCUGAGGGGAAAUCCCAAAUCUGUUCCAAAGGGCCAAGGGAUGAUCCCAAAGCCAUCCUGAGGGGAAAUCCUAAAUCCAUCCCAAAGGGAAACCCCAAAUCCAUCCAGGAAACCCCAAAUCCAUCCCAAAGGGCCAGGGAAUGACCCCAAAGGCAUCCUGAGGGAAAUCCUAAAUCCAACCCAAAGGGAAAAUCCCAAAUCCAUCCGAAAGGGAAAAUCCCAAAUCCAUCCCAAUGGGAAUUCCCAUCCCGGGAUCCCAUCCAGGCUCGGGAAUGGGAUCAUUCCCAGGGAAAUAAAGGAUUUUGGUCUU